AUUACUAUUACGGAUACAGAAAGGACUCCCAUUCGAAAGGCGGUGCAGGGAAAACUUUAGAUUCUCAACAAGAAUAACACUUAGGAGAAACCCUAACUAUGGUUUUAGGGUUUCGCAUUUCGAAUUGCCAUUUUCUCGGGAGGAAUCGUUGAGAAUUAUUACUGUUGAAUCAUUAAUCUAUAAGAAUAUGGGAGGCGACGAUAUUAGUCGGAACAACGACAAACCGUGGCAGUCGCCGCCAAAAAAACCCAAUCAAGAAAAACCGGAGGAGAUAAAACUUUGGGGAAUUUUUCUUUUCGGUCUAAUUGGCGCCACUGCGACCACUUUCGCGGUUGGUCAGCUGCGGAGGACUGUUGAUUGGUUCUAUACUCAGCUAACAAGGUCGCACUCAUCAUGGAAAGGAGGAACUGGAAGUUCUUUUAGGUCAACUUUUCAGGAGGAAGCAUGGAAAAGGUAUAAUCGUCGGAUGCAAGAGGAAUAUGAAGAGGAAAUGGAGAGAGUAGAACGUAUAAGGCGCAUGCAAAGUGUGUUUAACCGGGAGAGGAACAAGUACAAGAGAAGCUAUGAAAGCUGGAGGGAAAAUGGUCCAGGUGCGUAUCAUGAGCACUUUCAGCGAGAUGAUUGGUACUGGAAGGCUGAUGCAUCCUUCAGAGAUCAGAGAACUAACUUCAGGACUCCAAGAGAGAGUGCAAGCUACCCAUUAUCACAUCAUUAUUCAGUUUUGGGCCUUGACAGGUGCAGGGCAACACCAUACACGGAAGCUGAGAUUAAGAAAGCAUUCAGGGCCAAGGCAAAAGAGUUCCACCCAGAUCAGAACCAAGAUAAUAAAGAAGUGGCUGAGGCAAAGUUCAAAGAGGUAAUGGUAUCAUACGAGGCCAUUAAGCAAGAAAGGAAGGACAUGAAAUCAUGAACUGGCUCACUGCUGUAGGAGUUGCAGGCCCUUCGUCACUUUUGUCCUUUUCCGUGUAGGGGAGUUUUGUUUUAUACUGAAAAUUGAAAUUACCUCAUUGCAAACUAAUUUUUGGGGAGGACUUAAUAUUGUAUCUAGAGAGAGGUAAGAUAUAUUGUUAAUUUCAUAAAGUUUUUUAAGUCUAGAUAUAAAACAAGGGCGACUAAUAUAUCUAUGCACAGCCCUUGCAAUACGUGUAUUGGCGUAAUUCCGGUAAUUAUGUAAAAAAAAAAUUAAUUCAUUAUAUUAACACACUGAAUAAGUUUUUUCUGCAUCUGUAUUGUACAGACCUUGUAAUAUUUUACCGUACUCGUAUAUGGUUACACCCCCAGUGAGAAGAAGUGAUCGAUAUUUUGGGA